AUGUCUAGUGCUCCUAGAGUUGACUCCAUGAAUAGGGCUGAAUCAGAGAAGAAGCCAACUCUGGGGACUGCUGCUAACAAGCCUGUUCCGUUCAUCACACUCAAAACUGUAUCGAAAUCGCUGAGAAAGCUUGAAAGAUCCAUAUCGAAUGCUUCACCAGCUGAAACUGUGUCUUCUUCUUCUUCUCAGAAGCACAACACUCUUAACGCAGCUUCUGCAUUACGACGGCAUGAGCAGAUCCUAAAUUCUAACCUGUCAAUGAAUGCAUCAUUUUCCUCUGAUGCCUCGAUGGAGUCGUUCCAGAGCCGAGCAUCAACAGGUCGGUUGAUUCGGUCGUACAGUGUUGGAAGUAGAGGUAAGUCUUACCCUGCCAAGCCAAGAAGUGUUGUCUCUGAUGGUGCUUUGGAUUCACAACCAAGUGGUCCAGAGACUAAGAAGAGGUGUGCUUGGGUGACACCAAACUCCGAUCCGUGCUAUACUGUUUUCCAUGAUGAAGAAUGGGGUGUGCCGGUUCACGAUGACAAGAUGUUGUUUGAACUUCUUGUGCUUUCUAUUGCUUUGGCUGAACACACGUGGCCCACGAUUCUGAGCAAGAGGCAGGCCUUCAGGUAG